AAAGAAAGUGGAGGGAAGAAAAUUAAAUGCAUGGGGAAAAAAUCCAACUACCAAUGCAGCACAACAUUACACAGAAACAGCAAAACAAUAGAGAUAAAAAAGGGGGCAGCUCAACACUGAAAUAAAUACUCCCUCCUAACAAUGGCAGCUCAACCAUCCAUUCUAAUCCUUCCAUUUAUAUUCAUUUCUAGCUUUACUUCUCCUCACCAAAUAACCACAUUUUCUCUCUCCUCUUUCGCGCGUCGCAACCGCCGUCGUAUGUAACGUGAAUUCAAGCAAUGUGGAACUCGACGACGGCGGAGAGCGCAUUUGUUAGAUCGGAGUCGUUUCGAGCUGGAGAAGAAGAUGAAGAGGCGCUUCGUUGGGCGGCGCUUGAGAGGCUUCCUACAUACGCUAGGGUUCGCCGUGGAGUUUUCCGGAAUGUUCUAGGUGAUACUAAGGAGAUCCAUGUCGGUAAACUUGAAGCUGACGAACGGAAAAUUGUUUUGGAUCGACUUUUUAACUCCGUUGAGAAUGAUACCGAGCUGUUCUUCGAUCGUGUUCGCCGCCGUUUUCUUGCGGUGGAAUUGGAAUUUCCGAAGGUAGAAGUUCGAUUUCUGAACUUGAAAGUGGAGUCUUAUGUCCAUAUUGGAAGCAGGGCGUUACCAACAAUUCCUAAUUUCAUUCUGAAUAUGUCUGAGGCUUUGUUGAGGAGGUUUCAUUUGUUCCCGGGCGAGAGGAAGAAAAUUACCAUCUUAGAUGACAUUAGUGGAAUUGUCAGACCUUCCAAGUUGACCUUGCUACUAGGUCCUCCUAGUUCUGGGAAGACCACUUUGCUGUUAGCUCUUGCAGGACGCCUUUCAUCUGGAUUGCAGAUGUCAGGGAGAAUCACAUACAAUGGGCACGAUCUCCGAAAAUUCGUUCCUCAGACGACAGCAACUUAUGUAAGCCAACAGGAUUGCCUUGCAGCAGAGAUGACAGUUAGGGAAACUCUUGCAUUUGCUGCACGUUGUCAAGGCGUUGGAAGCAAGUACGAUAUGCUGCUGGAGCUUGCAAGACGAGAGAAGCAAUCUAAACUAAAACCUGAAGAAGACCUUGACAUAUUUAUCAAGGCAAUGUCUCUGGAUGGCAAAGAUGCAAGCCUUCUUGUGGAUUAUAUUCUCAAGAUUCUAGGUUUAGAUGUAUGUGCGGACACCCUUAUUGGCGACCAUAAUUGCAAGGGGAUUUCUGGUGGCCAAAAGAAGCGGCUCACAACAGGUGAAUUAUUAGCAGGACAAUCUCGAGUGUUAUUUAUGGACGAAAUAUCAAAUGGACUUGAUAGUGCAACUACUCACCAUAUCAUAAAGUAUCUCAAGCAUUCAACAUGUUCACUGGAUGCGACUACAGUGAUUUCUCUACUGCAGCCUGCUCCAGAAACCUAUGAGCUAUUUGAUGACAUUAUACUGUUAAGUGAAGGUCAGAUAGUUUAUCAAGGACCACGUGAUUCUGCUCUUGAUUUCUUCUCAUCCAUGGGAUUUGCUUGUCCUGAGAGGAAGAAUGCUGCAGAUUUCCUUCAGGAGGUUACAUCAAAGAAGGACCAACAACAAUACUGGUCUGGUCAUCCUUCUGAUUAUGAAUAUGUCCCUGCAGAAAAGUUUGCAGAAUCGUUUCGCUUUUUCCCUGUGGGAACCAAUUUGUGCCGGGAUCUGUUUACACCUUUCAAUAAGAUGAAUAAUCAUCCUGCUGCUUUAUCAACUUCUAAAUACGGUGUAACUAUGUGGGAACUUCUUAAGAUUGGAUAUUCAUGGCAUAAGCUUCUAACAAAAAGGAACUCUUUUAUCCAUGUCUUCAAGUUUGUACAGCUGCUUUUUAUUUCUUUCGUUACAAUGUCGGUUUUUUUCCGAACAACUUUGCACCGUAAUACAAUUGAUGAUGGAGGCAUCUACGUUGGUUCUCUCUUCUUCUCUAUGAAUAUAAUCCUUUUCAAUGGAUUUACCGAAACAGCCAUGAUAGUAAUGAAACUUCCAGUUAUCUACAAGCAUAGAGACUUGCACUUCUACCCUGGUUGGAUUUAUUCUGUCCCUUAUUGGUUGAUGAGCAUUCCGACUUCACUGAUUGAAUCUGGUGUUUGGGUGGCAGUCACGUAUUUUGUGGUUGGCUAUGAUCCCAACUAUUCAAGAUUUUUUAAGCAGUUCUUGAUAUACUUUCUCCUGCAUCAAAUGUCUUUGGCACUUUUUCGUGUGAUGGGAUCUUUAGGUCGAAGUAUGAUAGUGGCCAACACAUUUGGAUCCUUUGCCAUGUUGGUUGUGUUGGGUCUAGGUGGAUACAUCAUUUCAAGAGAUAGCAUCCCUCGUUGGUGGGUCUGGGGUUUCUGGAUUUCUCCUCUCAUGUACUGUCAAAAUGCAGUUUCUGUGAACGAGUUUAGUGGCCAUUCCUGGGAUAAGUCAUUUGGGAAUAUGAGACUCGGUGAUGCAGUACUGAAAUCAAGGAACUUGUUUACGGAAAAUUACUGGUACUGGAUUGGAGUGGGUGCAAUGGUUGGAUAUAUAGUCUUGUUCAACCUCAUGUUCACAUUCUUCAUUUCUUACUUACGUCCCCUUGGAAGGAGACAAGCUGUAAUCUCCAAUACCGAGUUCCUAGAGAUGGAAAGGAAGAGGAAGGGUGAAGCUGUGGUCAUCCAAUUGAAAGAAUUCUUGCAGCAUUCAGGUUCAUCAAAUGGAAAAACACGUACAGGGAAGGGUAUGGUUCUACCAUUUCAACCACUGUCAAUGUCAUUCAGCAAUAUCAAUUAUUACGUGGACGUUCCUUUGGAGAUGAAACAACAAGGAAUAUCAGAGGAUAGACUACAGUUGCUGGUUGAUGUCACUGGAGCUUUCAGGCCAGGUGUUCUCACUGCAUUGGUGGGUGUCAGUGGUGCUGGUAAAACAACACUCAUGGAUGUAUUAGCUGGUAGAAAAACUGGCGGACAUAUAGAAGGGAGUAUUUUCAUGUCGGGUUAUCCCAAAAGGCAAGAAACAUUUGCAAGAGUAUCUGGUUACUGUGAGCAGACUGAUAUUCAUUCCCCAUGCUUAACCGUUUUGGAAUCCCUUCUGUUUUCUGCAUGGCUACGUUUGCCACCAGAAGUUAACUUGCAGACACAAUUGGCUUUUGCAAGUGAAGUUAUGGAACUUGUGGAACUCAUUCCCUUGAGUGGAGCAUUGGUUGGUCUACCUGGAGUUGAUGGUUUGUCAACAGAGCAAAGGAAGAGAUUGACUAUUGCCGUUGAAUUGGUUGCUAAUCCGUCAAUUAUUUUUAUGGAUGAGCCAACAAGUGGAUUGGAUGCAAGGUCUGCAGCCAUUGUGAUGAGAACUGUGAGGAAUAUCGUAAACACUGGUCGAACCAUUGUUUGCACUAUUCAUCAGCCAAGCAUAGACAUUUUUGAAUCAUUUGAUGAGCUUUUAUUCAUGAAGAGAGGAGGGCAAGUCAUUUACGCUGGCCCACUUGGACCAAGAUCUUGCAAACUUAUUGAUUAUUUUGAGGCAGUGGAAGGGGUGCAAAAGAUCAAUCCUGGUCAUAACCCCGCGGCAUGGAUGCUUGAUGUUACUUCUAUGGCAGAAGAAGCACGGCUUGGUGUAGAUUUUGCAGAAGUAUACAAAAAUUCAGAACUAUUUCAGUAUAACAAAGAGUUGGUUGAUCGUGUCAGCAAACCACCUAGUAACUCGAAAGAACUACAUUUUCCGACAAAGUAUUGUCGAUCAUUCUUUGGUCAGUUUCUGACAUGUCUUUGGAAGCAAAAUUUAUCUUACUGGCGAAAUCCUCAGUACACUGCAGUUCGCUUCUUCUACACCGUUAUCAUCUCACUGAUGCUUGGAUCAAUCUGCUGGAAAUUUGGCUCUAAAAAGGAAAAACAACAGGAUAUCAUAAAUGCAAUGGGAUCUCUAUAUGCAGCAGUACUUUUCAUCGGAGUUACCAAUUCUGCGGCGGUUAUGCCUGUUGUUUCCACUGAAAGAUUUGUUUCCUACAGAGAGAGAGCUGCAGGGAUGUAUUCAGCUCUACCUUUUGCCUUUGCACAGGUUACCAUAGAGUUCCCUUAUGUUUUUGUGCAGACACUCAUUUACGCAGUAGUUUUCUACUCGAUGGCCUCGUUCAAAUGGACAGCUUUGAAAUUUAUUUGGUAUAUCUUCUUCACGUACUUCACAAUACUAUACUUCACUCUUUUCGGAAUGAUGAAUACUGCUCUCACACCCAACCACGACUUGGCCUCCAUAAUAUCUGCCCCAUUCUAUAUGCUAUGGAACCUUUUCAGUGGCCUCCUCAUCCCUUACAAGAGACUUCCUGUAUGGUGGAGAUGGUAUUACUGGCUGAACCCAGUAGCCUGGAGUCUUUAUGGUCUUCUUACUUCACAAUAUGGAGAUGAUAACACGCUAAUAUUGUUGUCAGACGGGAUUAACAGAAAACCUAUAAAGAAAAUGCUGAGAGAUGGCCUUGGAUUCAGGCACGAAUUCGUGGGCAUUGCUGGUAUCGUGGUAGUCGGUUACUGUCUGUUUUUUGCUGUCAUUUUCGCUUAUGCUAUGAAAACAUUCCACUUCCAGACAAGGUGAUAGAACCAACACUUGUUAAGAAACCCAUGUAAUAGAUCCAGUAAUCUGUAUAGCAGUCUACAUACAUAAAUAGGCCAUUGAUUUUCAAAACAAUUUAUUUCCCAAAUGUUGGAAGGAAAUAAGUAUUUGUUUCAGAACCCUCCAAUAUUAGUAAUACUAAUGAUAAUAUAUUCUUUAA